GGCCAUCCAAACACUCGUAUUCUAAAUUAUUUAUUUGAGAUUGUUCACAGUGAUGUAUGGGGUAUCACACCAGUUCCUUCUCGUGCAAAAUAUAAAUAUUUUAUCACAUUCAUCGAUGAUUACAGCCGGUUCACUUGGCUGUAUUUUCUGCGCUCCAAGUCAGAAGUUUUUUCUACCUUCAAGAAUUUUCUAACUUAUGUGGAGAAUCAGUUUUCCACUUGCAUCAAAGCUCUUCGAACAGACUCAGGUGGGGAGUAUGUAUCCUCUGAAAUUUACAGCAGAAAGGUAUUCUUUCCUAACGAACAUGUCCUUAUACACUCCAACAAAAUGGGGUUGCCGAGAGAAAGAAUAGGCACCUGCUUGACAUUACUCGGACCUUGCUCCUUGAGUCCUCCAUCCCUUCCAAAUUCUGGACAGAAGCACUUUCUAUUGCCGUCUAUGUUAUUAAUAGGCUGCCCUCUCCAGUCUUGGGCAUGGACACUCCUCAUUUGCGGCUCUUUGGCAAGAAUCCACAAUACCAGGAUCUUCACAUCUUCGGCCCCUCCAUCUGGACGUUUUAAAUCAGGUUUGGUUUAUACUCGCCGCAGUACUGCACCCACCAUAGUUGCGGCUCCCCCUGCAGUUUCUUCACCUCCAGUGGAGCUCAAUGUUGUCAGUUCUGACCCUGCUGCCACUGUUGUUCCUGUGCUGGAUGUUAUCAACUCAGAAUCUUCUACUCACUUUUUUCUAAGGAGGCUACUCCAGCAUUCUUACCUACUAAUGUCAGGCGCUCUACUAGGUCUACUCGGCUUUCAGACAUAUAUAGCUUCUCACAUAACUGUCUCUCUGCAACUCUGGCCAACAUUGCAGUCCCUACUUGUUAUUCUCAAGCUACGAACGAACAGUGUUGGAGACUUGCUAUGCAGGAGGAACUUGAUGCUCUCGUAGCCAACAACACUUGGGAGCUUCUCCCUUGUUCUACCAUAGUCAAGCCUCUUGGAUGUAAGUGGGUUUUCUCUAUUAAACUUCGAUCUGAUGGGCCUAUAGAUAGAUUUAAGGCAAAGCUGGUUGCUUUAGGCAACAAACAAGAAUAUGGAGUGGAUUACGAAGAAACCUUUGCCCUGGUUGCCAAGAAGACCACUGUUCGUCUUGUUCUUGCUAUAGCCGCCUCUCAAAGCUGGCCCAUUCAUUAGAUGGACAUCAAAAAUGUAUUUCUCCAUGGUGAUUUAAGAAGAGGUGUAUAUGAAGCCCCCAUCCGGUUCAACAGCUCAUCUUAAUCAUGUUUGCCGGCUGAAGCGGUCUCUUUAUGGGCUAAAGCAGGCCCCUCGCGCGUGGUUUGACAAGUUUAGAACCACUCUUCUUGGUCUUUCAUUUCAACAGAGUCAAUAUGACUCUUCUUUAUUUCUCCAUAAGACUCCAGCUGGUCUUGUCUUACUCUUGGUCUACGUAGAUGAUAUUGUCGUCACGGGUACUGACUCUCUUCUCAUUCAGCAGCUGCAACAGAACCUUCAGACCUCUUUUCAUAUGAAAGAUCUUGACCACAUAACCUAUUUUCUUGGUCUUGAAGUCCACAAAAACCUCCGUAGUAUCUUCAUAUUCUCUAAGCCCCUCUAGCUCCUCACAAGCCAGAGAACGGGACUCCAUUUCCCCCAAACCCUUCUCUCCUAACUUCCCUCUGAGCUGGAGAUUCUUUUGAGAAAAUAGGAAUCGAUCUUGCCCUCAUACUCCCCAACAAAAUGACCUUCUGCCAAAAACAAGGCUUCUCAUCCUAGGAGUUUGCAAGUAUGAGAGAGUCCUCUCUCUGUCUGUCUCUCCGAGUUUCUACUACUAAGUUAAGUAGCACAAAAGUGGAUGCUAAACUAAAGGUGCCUCAAUGGGUGCCUUCUGCCUCAAACACUUCUCCAGCGGCUUC